GCGUAGAUGGGAAACACGUGUCCGUACUUACUCGUUCGUUACCGUAUAUAAUUCUACGAUAAAUGAACUGUUAGGAGAUAGAAAUAUAAAUAGAGUUUUAGAAAGUAUAUUUUAGAUUAUAAAAAUGGAGAAGGACGAGAUUAUCAUCUCGAAAGAUGAAGUCAAAGGAGAAGAAGUAAAAGAUAAUAUUGUAAUUGACAAAACUCCGAGCACGGUAGUGGAAGAAGGUCAAGCCAAAGUGAUUUUUCCUUCGACUAACGACGUUUUUUACAACCCUGUUCAGGAAUUCAAUCGUGAUAUGAGCAUUGCAGUUAUCAAAGAAUUUAGUAAAUCGUUUUCUCUUAAAAAAGCAGAAAACCAUGUAAAUGACGUCAAGGCUGAUAAUGAUUCUGAUUUCCAGGGAAAGCUUUAUAUUUUGGAAGCUCUGGCUGCAUCCGGAUUGAGAUCGAUCAGGUAUGCAAAAGAAAUACCAGAUGUGAAGAGUAUCGUGGCAAACGAUUACUCCAUUCAGGCGGUCGAGAGCAUGAAAACAAAUGUGUGGCUCAACAAGGUGGAACACCUAGUUUCUCCGCAUCGUGAAGAAGCGUCAUUAUUAAUGUAUCAACACAGGAACGUUCAUAGGCGUUUCCACGUAAUUGAUCUAGAUCCCUACGGAAGUCCCGCGCCUUUCCUUGAUGCAGCCGUGCAGUGCGUUGCCGAUGGCGGUUUGUUACUCGUUACCUGUACGGAUAUGGCCAUCCUCUGUGGCAAUCACGGCGAGACGUGCCAUGCUAAAUACGGUGCCACCUCUUUAAAAAUUAAAUGCUGUCAUGAAAUGGCAUUAAGGAUAAUUCUACAGAGUAUCGAGUCUCAUGCCAAUCGAUAUGGACGUUACAUAGUGCCUUUACUCUCGCUCAGCAUAGAUUUCUACGUUAGGGUAUUUGUUAAAGUCUACACAAGUCCUAAUGAAGUGAAGAAAUCUAUAAAUAAGUUGGCAAUGGUUUAUAAGUGUGUAGGAUGUGAAACAUUCCAUCUGCAACCAUUAGGAAAGUCCCAAAAUAAAGAUAAAAUUUCUCCAGCUCAUGGACCGCCUGUCAACAUGAAUUGUGACAACUGUGGACAAAGACAUCAGCUAGGUGGGCCAAUAUGGAUGAGCGAGCUUCACGAUCGAGAUUUUGUCAAAGAUUUAAUAAAAUGUACAGAAGAAGAUUUGAACUGUUACGGUACCAGCAGGAGAAUGAUUGGAGUUCUUAAUGUAAUAGCUGAAGAAUUGGAAAACUGCCCGCUUUAUUACACAAUUUCGGAUCUUUGUGCUAUUGUUCAUUCUGUAACACCAAGUAUAUUAGAAGUCAGAUCGGCAAUACUGAAUGCGGGAUAUAAAGUCUCUCUUUCACAUGCCUGUAAACAGUCUCUGAAAACCGAUGCACCUAGCGAUGUCAUUUGGGAUGUAGUAAGGAGUUGGGUAAAAUUACAUCCUGUGAAACGAGAUCUCAAGAAUACUCCAGGAGAGGUUAUACUAAAGAAGGAAAUCAGGACAGAGAUAAGUUUUAAGCUUCAUCCAGAUGCAAAUCCUGCAUCUCGCCUGCAGAAUCUCUGCAGGUUCCAAGUCAAUCCUCAUCCUCAUUGGGGGCCAAAAAUGAGAGCUAAAACUAGCUUAUGGGCAGACAAACAGGUAGAAAAGCAGAAAAGAUUCCAAGGAAAGAGGAAAAGAUCUAUAGAAAAAGGAAAAGAUUUGAAAAUAUAUCCUUGCAGGAAAUUUAUGAAGGGCGAAUGUCAGUUGGGGGAUGACUGUCGGUAUUCACACAAAACAGCCGAAAAUGCAUCCGAAAGCAAAGGAACUUGACCAUGGUGUAUUAAAAUGUAUUAUUUAUUGUAUAAUCUUGUAAAAUAAACUUUGAUAUAUUAAUGUUAUCUCGACCGGAA